AACAAAUAUAUGCAAAUGAGCCGAAUUUUUUGUAUAAAUGAGACUUAUUUCUUUGAAAUUUUUACUCUCGCCUUUUCAAAAUGGUGAGCGCAAAGAUUCUGGUUUUGGUCGCAUUGGUGGCUGCGGCCGCUGCCACGCCAACAUUCCACGGGGUUGGUCUGGUGGGGAGCAUCCUCAAGGCGGUGGGCCAUCCGUGGUGGCCGCAGUGGAAACACACGGCCGCUCCAGGAACCAGACAUGUUUACACGAAGGGAGAAAGACCUUUGGAGCCAUUGGGAUAUCUUGCCAAGGGUGUCACUGAUUUGGCUGGAAAUGCUGUCGACAUCUUGACUGAUUUGUCGCGAUUGCAAAUUCCUGCUACUUUCGAUGACGCCAUGAAUGCUGUUAUAAGCGUUGGCAGAGUUGUAGCAGGCAUCGUUAACGCCGUCAUACCGGGGCUUGGAUCUCUCCUCGGCAACAUAAUCCUUGCGUUGGCCAGAAUCCUGAUCUGCGUGUUGGGAUCCCCUGGACUCACCGGGACAUUGUUUAACGAUCGUCGUGGGGGUCUUGGAAACUCAAGAGCUAUUCCAGCUGUUUGCCAGAAGAAUUAUGGACACAAAUAUGGCUGCCAGGCUUACAAUGGUGGAUAUGACUCACCUAAAGAUGUCAUCGACUAUUAUGACCUUGGUAACUGCAGAUCCAAGGUCAAUGAUUUGGUCAACCAGGCCACUGGUGGCAAAGGAGUUAGCGGAUUAUCAAAUUCCGACCGGGUCAUCGUUGAACUGGUACUUGAAAUCAGCGCAUUAUUCUCGCGUGCCAACAAGAACGACUGGUCGCAAAAGGAUAUAGAGAAGAUCAGUGUUGCCGUUACCAUCAUGAUUGGUGUCAUCGGUAAUGGCUACAGUGAAGGAUAUGGACCUGAUCUCAUCGAAUGCAUCAUCGAUUACGUGGGUCCUGCCUUCAAGACAAAAGGAUUAGAUCUGAGUUGCCACGAGCGUGACAUUAAGAAAAAAAUUGAGAAAUGUGGAAUUUACAACUUCUGCGGUGCUUUAAGAGGCUGUGGGGAGGGCAACGGUGGGUCUGGUGGUAACUCUGGAGGGUCUGGUGGCAACUCUGGAGGAUCUGGUGGUAGCUCUGGAGGAUCUGGAGGAAGCUCUGGAGGAUCUGGUGGUAACUCUGGAGGAUCUGGAGGAAGCUCCGGAGGAUCUGGAGGUAGCUCUGGAGGAUCUGGAGGAAGCUCCGGAGGAUCUGGAGGAAGCUCGGGAGGAUCUGGAGGUAGCUCUGGAGGAUCUGGAGGAAGCUCCGGAGGAUCUGGAGGAAGCUCUGGAGGAUCUGGUGGUAACUCUGGAGGAUCUGGAGGAAGCUCCGGAGGAUCUGGAGGUAGCUCUGGAGGAUCUGGAGGAAGCUCCGGAGGAUCUGGAGGAAGCUCCGGAGGAUCUGGAGGUAGCUCUGGAGGAUCUGGAGGUAGCUCUGGAGGAUCUGGAGGUGGCUCUGGAGGUAGCUCUGGAGGGUCUGGUGGAAGCUCAGGGGGAUCUGGAGGUAGCUCUGGAGGGUCUGGCGGAAGCUCUGGAGGCAGCUCCGGUGGCAGUUCUGGAGGUGGCUCUGGAGGAAGUUCAGGACAUCACGGAGGCGGAAGCUCAGGGGGCAGCUCCGGAGGUAGUUCCGGUGGAAGCUCUGGUGGAAGCUCGGGAGGAAGUUCUGGAGGUGGCUCUGGAGGAAGUUCAGGACAUCACGGAGGCGGAAGCUCGGGGGGCAGCUCCGGAGGUAGUUCCGGUGGAAGCUCUGGUGGAAGCUCGGGAGGAAGUUCUGGAGGUGGCUCUGGAGGAAGUUCUGGAGGUGGCUCUGGAGGAAGUUCAGGACAUCACGGAGGCGGACACCAUGGUGGCGGAAGCUCGGGAGGCAGUUCCGGAGGUAGUUCCGGUGGUAGCUCUGGUGGUAGCUCGGGAGGAAGUUCUGGAGGUGGCUCCGGUGGAGGGUCUGAAGGUUGUGGUGAAGGUAACUCCGGAGGAAACUCUGGAGGUAGUUCCGGUGGUAGCUCUGGUGGUAGCUCGGGAGGAAGUUCUGGAGGUGGCUCUGGAGGAAGUUCAGGACAUCACGGAGGCGGAAGCUCGGGGGGCAGCUCCGGAGGUAGUUCCGGUGGUAGCUCUGGAGGUAGUUCCGGUGGUAGCUCCGGAGGAAGUUCCAGUGGUAGCUCCGGUGGUAGUUCCGGUGGUAGUUCCAGUGGUAGCUCUGGAGGUAGUUCCGGUGGUAGCUCUAGCGGAAGCUCCGGAGGAAGUUCCAGUGGUAGCUCCGGUGGUAGUUCCGGAGGUAGUUCCAGUGGUAGCUCUGGAGGUAGUUCCGGUGGUAGCUCUAGCGGAAGCUCCGGAGGAAGUUCCAGUGGUAGUUCCAGUGGUAGCUCCGGAGGUAGUUCCGGUGGUAGCUCUAGCGGAAGCUCCGGAGGAAGUUCCAGUGGUAGUUCCAGUGGUAGCUCUGGAGGUAGUUCCGGUGGUAGCUCUAGCGGAAGCUCCGGAGGAAGUUCCAGUGGUAGCUCCGGUGGUAGUUCCGGAGGUAGUUCCAGUGGUAGCUUUGGAGGUAGUUCCGGUGGUAGCUCUAGCGGAAGCUCCGGAGGAAGUUCCAGUGGUAGCUCCGGUGGUAGCUCUGGAGGCAGUUCCGGUGGUAGCUCUAGCGGAAGCUCCGAAGGAAGUUCCAGUGGUAGCUCCGGUGGUAGUUCCGGUGGUAGCUCUGGUGGUAGUUCCAGUGGUAGCUCUGGUGGUAGUUCCGGUGGUAGCUCCGGUGGUAGCUCCAGUGGUAGCUCCGGUAGUAGCUCCGGUAGUAGCUCCGGUGGUAGCUCCGGUAGUAGCUCCGGUAGUAGCUCCGGUAGUAGCUCCGGUGGUAGCUCUGGUGGUAGUUCCAGUGGUAGCUCUGGAGGUAGUUCCGGUGGUAGCUCUGGAGGUAGUUCCGGUGGUAGCUCCAGUGGUAGCUCCGGUGGUAGCUCCGGUAGUAGCUCCGGUGGUAGCUCCGGUGGUAGCUCCGGUGGAAGCUCUGGAGGUAGUUCCGGUGGUAGCUCCGGUAGUAGCUCCGGUGGUAGCUCUGGAGGUAGUUCCGGUGGUAGCUCUGGAGGUAGCUCCGGUAGUAGCUCCGGUGGUAGCUCCAGUGGAAGCUCUAGUAACUCAAAUAGUCAGUCUGGUAGUUCAAGCGGCUCUAAUAGUUCUGGCAGCUCGUCUAACAGCUCUUCUAACAGUUCUGCAAAUAGCUCAUCAAAUUCUAACAAUUCCGGCUCUAAGAGCAGUUCAAAUAGCUCCUCUGAAUCAAAAUCGAAUUCAAACUCUGACAACUCAAGUGAAGAAUGCGAUUAGAAUGUAAAUUGAUUUCGAAGUGGUUCCAAAUCAUCUGGCAGAAAUCCUCAAAACACAAUUUUUAAUCAACGAAAAACAGAUUUUUCUUUAAAACGAUCACAGACUAUAAAAACUAGGAAAUAUUAUGCAAUUAAAAACUUUGAAUUUGAAAUUCUUUAGUACGCGAUUUUUAGAAAAGGUUGUAAUUUUUUUUUAUUAAUGUCUAUUUUUACUGAAUGUGUGUAUGACUGAAUACCACAUUUUUGUGUCCUUCACUUCUAAAUAGGUGAUAUUAACCAGGUGAAUUUAGUUAAUUAAAAUAUGUGUAUUAAUUCUAAAUCACCUAGGCACAUCCAAAAUAUACGAAAUAAUUAAGUUUACUAUAUCAUUAAAUUUGGUAAAAAAAAGAAUUGGACCGUUUUUGUGAGUAAUUCAAUUAUCAUAUUAAAAUGUUUCGAUUUGGAUCUAGAUAUAAAAUUAUAUCAUUAAAAACAGUAAUUGCACAAGAAAUAUAUUGGACAGAAAAUAUUGUAAAAUCGAUUAAUCUCAUUUAUUAAAGAAAUGAUAAUAAAAAUGUUAUGUCAAUGUAUAAUUUGAAAGGUCAAUUAGAUUAAGAAAAAAAUGUUAAUGAAAUCAGUUGAAGCAAUUCUUGACGUAAUAAAUAAUGUACUUAAUAAAUAAUUAUGGAAUUGUCUAACAUAAAUAUGAAUUUGUUACAUUUGAUGAUCCAAAUUGAUUUGAAAAUUUAUCUACCCUGACCAUGUCAAAAAUGCAGCCAUUUUUGUAACCCGUUUAAUUAUUUAUAUAAAAUGCUUUUUUUAAAAAAUAAAUAAUCAUUGUUGAAUACAAGUAAAAAUAUUUUACAAAUUU